AUGGGGUCUGAAGGGCCUUCAACAGUAACAAUUCAUGUGACCGGUUUUAAGAAAUUCCAUGGAGUUUCAGAGAAUCCAACUGAGACUAUUGUCAGUAAUCUCAAAGAGUAUGUGAAGAAGAAGGGUUCACCAAAGGGUCUGGUUCUUGGAAGUUGCAGCAUUCUUGAGACUGCAGGACAAGGAGCAGUUGUUCCCCUAUACCAGACAUUGCGAUCUGCUAUCAGCGAGCAGGAUUCUUCAAAUUCCAGUAGAAUUAUUUGGGUACACUUUGGUGUUAAUAGUGGUGCAACAAGGUUUGCUAUUGAGCAUCAAGCUGUCAAUGAAGCUACUUUUCGUUGCCCUGAUGAGAUGGGAUGGAAGCCUCAGAAAGUCCCCAUUAUUCCUUCAGAUGGAGGAAUUUCACAUACACGAGAGACUUCUCUUCCUGUUGAGGACAUAACAAAGGCCUUGGCGAAGAAGGGUUUCGAGGUGAUGACCUCAGAUGAUGCAGGCCGCUUUGUAUGCAACUAUGUCUACUACCAUUCCCUUCGGUUUGCAGAGCAAAACGGGAUCAAAUCGCUCUUUGUUCAUGUGCCUUUGUUCUUGACCAUAGAUGAGGACACACAAAUGCAAUUUGCUGCUUCCUUGUUAGAGGUGCUCACUUCAUUAAAUUAG